AUGAAUAAUCAUCACGAUCAAUCAUUGGAUGACUUUCUUCAAGAUCACGCGAAGAAUUCAAUACCAAAAUAUCCUAAAGUGGGUAAGUUAUAUAACGUAUCUCUACCCGCAAAUUUCACAGGGAUGGAAGUUUCGGUUGUCCACCUCCAAAGCUCGAGUGUUUGGGCUCGUGGAGCUAAUUUAGGUCAUUUUCAAGUUCCUCCAAGAAUAAUUCCUAAGCCGAAUGUCACAUCACUAGAUAUGGUGUUUUCAAAUUUAGGAAAUUGGUCAUCUUAUUAUUACAAUAUGCCAAAUUACGCUUUUGUUACCCCGGUUCUUGGUUUUAGUGCCUACGGUGUAAGCUACACGAAGGAUCAAGAUGGUCAUCUUACAUCUACCGUCACCAAACUAGAGUUACCUCUCAUUCGCAAGCCAAUUAUGGUUCACUUUCCUUCGGUGUGGCUCCCUCAAGGGAAAUGUGUCAAGUUUUACUCAAAUGGACUGACUAUGAUAACCAACAUGUCAUUAUCCCGCACAUGUGAGGUGUGGGGCCAAGGGUAUUUCGGGAUUGUCGUGCAAACCCCAUCGUCACACGAUAUAUGGAAAAUGUGGGUGAUCGGUAUUGGUGUCGGGUGCAUUGGAUUUUUCUUGUUUGGGUUAGUUUUAUUUAAGGUAAUUAGAUUUGUCGAGAAAAGAAAAAUUCAAAAAAUGGAGAUAAAUUCCGAAAAAAGCGAGGUUUUAGAUACAAAAUAUGUUGGACAUAGUAGAAUGCCUUGUGCUUUUGGGAUAAGAACUCAACCUGUUCUUGAGACUGAUUACUUUCCUUAA